AUGGCCCAGCCGUCGACGCCUAGACCUCCUGACGGCCCCUAUUCCAGUCCACCUGCUCCUCCAAUGCGACGUUCGUCUCUCGACAGAGUACAUCAAAUGUCUGCCCUCUAUGUGAACAUCGAUGCAUCGAUUCACCCCCGCACUCCCAACGUUGCCCGCCGAAACCCAUUCCCAGAAUACUUCAAGACACCGCACCCAUUCUUAGCUCCUUCUGUCGCAUCUCGUCUUUAUGCCACGCACACACCCCCGAGCCUGUCCACAGCUUCUGCAAUGCACUCGUAG